AUGGAGACCUCAACAUCUAAGAACACUGAAGGCCCUAGCACACCAGCUGCUGAACCCAGUUCUGAUCCUGACAAAAGCCCUACAUCACUGAGGAAAGUUCUUUUGCUUGGAAAGGCUUUCAUCGGACAUUACAGGAGUUACGUGGGGGUUUAUUUUGGUGAAUUGGAUUUGAUAGUACUUGUUGUAUAUUUGAUGAUGUAUGGGGUGGAUCCAAAGUUGUUCACUUCCGAGGACGCUUUACAAAUUCUAAAUGUUGUUAGAAGACCAUGUUCUGGGGAUGUAAUUGUUUGGGGCAAUCAUGAUUCAGCUCGUAAUGCUUUACCUGUUGGAAGUCAUCUUAAGAAGGCUGGUUUGUAUGAUGGUCUAUGUCCAUUGUGUUCUUAUGAAGAGGAGACUAUGUUACAUGCUUUAAGGAAUUGCCCUUGCACUCUUGAUAUUCUUCGACAUGCUGACGCUCUAUCUAUUUUAGGACUUGAUGAUUUUGUUGGGUUCUUAAUCUGCUUGUGGAAUGUGUGGAACAAUCGUAAUUCCUUUGUUCAUGAUACUAAAUUUCAACUGUCUUGGAUUCUGGUGUCGACGGCUAAAGCAAUUCAUCAUGAGUACUUGUGCACAAUGGCUUUAGAUCGGAUGCAUGAGAAUCCUUUCAUUCAACACAAUAGAUGGUUACCUCCUCCACCAGAUGUGAUUAAGAUAAAUUUUGAUGGUGCAUUUGAUAGCAAUAGGCAUCUGGCUUCUAUUGGGGUGGUAGCUCGUGAUCAUAAUGGUUUGGUGCAAAGGGGUUUGGCGCAAGUCUCUGGAAGCUGUGUUGAUCCUGCUUUUGAUGAAUUCUUUGCUUUGCUUGCUAGUUUACGCCUUGCUAAUGAGAAAGGAUGGUUGGAUGUGCAGUUUGAAUCUGAGUCUCAGAUACUUGUGAACAAAAUUACAAGGGACUCAGAUGACAUCUCGAUAUUGGGUAUUUUUAUUCAAGAAGCUCGUGUUGCUUUUCAAGCUAAUCCUAGAUUCCAUAUUUCAUAUAUCAAUAGAGAAUGUAAUCAUCUUGCUCAUGCUCUCGCUAGUUGGACUAGUUGUUCUGUUAGUGCAUUAUUCUUUGAUUCGGUUUGUCCCGAUAUCAUUGCUAGUGUCAUUAGCAACGAUGUAAUUACUUCUUGA